UACCGGAUACUGUGCUCCCCUUGUUCUUCACCACAAACUCCGGCAUUCCUGCUAACUUAGGGGAAGAGAUGUGAGGAGGUGGACAUAAAACUGCAUUGGUGCUUAAAAAGGCGCGUGUGUGUUUUGGGGUGACUAACACACUCACACACUCACUCACUCAAUCUACUGCAACGCCCUACGAAAGGGGGGGAGUGGCAUCACUUACCACUGAUCUGCCACUGGCACACUACAGAGCUAGAAUAAGCCGGUAUACAGCUCUUGCACUCGGCAUGGCCGUUCGUGUAUGUCUCUGUUGCUCUCUCUCUCCCGCUCUGCCUUCUUCUGAUACCACAUGGAUCAUCGGAUAGUUAUGGGAAAUGAUAUUCCGUCUUUGAGAUAACCACAUGGUCGCUGGGCCCCAGAAUGCAGUUCUUGGACUAUCAAAGUUAAAAGGCUUUAACAAUAAGGGGUUGACUUUGGAGGAUGUGAACCCAUGCGACACUGGAGUCAUUUCGGUUAUGUUCGUGACUUCUCUCCAGCCUCUUUGGGGUUUUGUGAUGUAGUCAGCACCCCAGGCAGCGUCUCACCCUUUUUUUUUUUUUUGCCAACACUACUUUCUUAUCAAACAGGUGUCUCUCUCUCUCUCGGGCUGGACUGCGGAGCAUUGACGUCGGCUCGCCCGCCCAUCCCCCCCCGCCCCCCAGCCAUGGCCUCGCGCAUCGGCCUGCGCAUGCAGCUGAUGCGAGACCAGCUGCAGCAGGAGGAGCAGCGGGAGCGGCAGCAGCAGCAGCAAGCGGCCCUGCAGUACAUGCAGCAGCGCAUGGCUGGCGCCCCGCCGCCCACCAUGGCUGUCGACGCCCCACAACACUUCCAGAGCAUGCAGGUGCCCGUGGCGGUUCUCAAGGUCCAGACCCACCUUGAGAACCCGACAGACUACCACCUCCGCCAGUCCCAGAGGCAGCAGGUGAAGGAGUAUCUGUCUACCACCUUCGCCACCAAACAGACGGUCCAUGCGGUGGCAGGGGUUGUGCAGCCCUCCCCACCCCCCUCCUUGGUGCCCCCGGGCGGGUCGUCCUCGGCGCCUCCACCCCUGCACUCCCCACGCAUGCGCACCGAGCAGCUCAUGUCCGGGUGCAGUGCCCCAAACAGCCCCAUGGCCAUGCUCAACAUCGGCUCCUGCCACGAAAACGAGAUGGAUGAGGUCAUCGAUGACAUCAUCAGCAUGCAGUCCAGCUACGAUGACAUUCAGGCGUAUAUUGACCCAAUCCAGAUGCCUAACACACUACCACUGUCCACCAGUCACUUGGAUGUGUACUCAGGUCCUGGGAUGACCGGGCCAGCAAUUGCAAUGACCAGUAACUCCUGCCCAGCCAACCUAGCUGUCAAAAGAGAGCUAACCGACACAGAAGCACGUGUGAUGGCCAAGGAGAGACAGAAAAAAGACAACCACAACCUAAUCGAGAGACGGAGGAGAUUCAACAUUAAUGAUCGCAUCAAGGAGCUGGGCACCAUGAUCCCUAAAACCAAUGACCUGGAUGUUCGCUGGAACAAGGGCACAAUCCUCAGGGCGUCGGUGGACUACAUUAAGCGCAUGCAGAAGGAUGUGCAGAGGACACGGGAGGUGGAGAACAGCUUCAAACGGAUGGAGGUGGCCAACAAGCAACUGUGGCUCCGCAUCCAGGAAUUGGAGAUGCAGGCGCGUGUUCACGGUCUGCCCAACAACUCCCCCUCUCCGCUGAACCCCACCGACCUCAUGAGCUCCUAUGUGAAGCAGGAGACCAACCCUGAGGAGAAGCUUGCCCACGGCCAAGGCCAGCACCAGAUUCAACACCAGCACCAACACCACCAGCACCAGCAGCAACAGCAGCAACAGCAGCAUCAGCAGCAGCAGCAGCACCUCCACGCCCAGGCCCACCUCCACAACCAGGGCCAGGGCCAGAACAGGCAGCUGCCGCCGCUCCCCCCCCACCUGCAGCACCAGUCCCAGCAGCACCAGCCGCCCAUCCAGUUCUCGGCGGUGGGCAGCUCCCAACCCUUUGACUUUGCCCAAUCGCUGGACUUGUGUGACGGGAUACCGGGCUUCAACGACGGCAUGGCGGCGCUGGGCGACCUGGGCGGCCUGGGCUCCCAGGGGAGGCGGUCCGACCUGAGCUUCCUGAUGAUGGACGAGCCACUGUCCCCGCUCGGCGGAGACCCCCUGCUGUCCGCCAUGUCCCCCGAAGCCUCGGUGGACUCCAGCCGCCGGUCCAGCUUCAGCAUAGAGGACGGGGACAUACUGUAGAGGGUUCACUCACACACACACACACACACACACACACACACACACACACACACACACACACACACACAUACACACACGCACAUACACACGCACACACCACACAGGUUGCAGGACAUACUGACAUACUGAUAUACUGAUCAUAGUCACACAUGGGGGCACGCACCCCGACCCCACCCACACACGCACACAAACACACAUGAACUCGGGCUGACCUUAGCGUUGUCUGCCGUUGCUCAGCAGCUCUGAGUGCGGAGAUGUUAUUACUAGUGUUAACACCAGGGGGGGCUGAUAUGCAUUACAUACGACCUUGUUCCCGUAAUGGAGCCCAUAGAUCACAGCAGUAUAGUUUCUCAUUAGGGGCCGCUCGGCAGUCACAAGGACAUUCAGAGCGCUCAGAAUAACACACAGUUGUUAUUUUCUGCCCAUUACCUCCGAGGCCAUACACGUGAAUGUAAAAGUGAGCGGAGUGUCAGUGGUUGGGUUGGCUUUUAGAGAGAGAGGACGUUAAGGUCUGAACUGAUCAAGUUGAUCUGUAAAUGUCCAUUUUUAAAACAUAAUUCAUCUUAGGUGCUUUAGUAAGGGGAAGGGGGGGGGGGGGGGGGUCUAGACACCUGAAUAGAGGAAGAUUAAGGGUUUGGGGGGGGGGGGGUCUGAGGUAAGUGUCUGACCCUUUUUAGCAGACCACACAUGCGGAAGUGCAGCUCCAGCUUUUAACACACACACGCACAUGCACAGACACACACACACACUAAGGAUUUGUUCACCCACUGACAUUUUUUACAUUUUAGAGGAAUGUCCAAAGGUUUUCCCCUAAUCACACAAGCAUACACACACAAUCUUAUAUAAUCAGUCAAACACACACACUCUCAACGGCCCAUUCAAAGCCCAGUCUGCAUAUUAAGCCCAAACUAUGGCGAUAUUCAGCUCCAUGGCAUUGCAAUUUCAUCUUCUGGUCAUGGGGAGAAAUGCCUUGGAUGUGGUCAAAUCUCAUACCUAGAAAGGAAUGCCUUCUAAUGAUGUUCAACACACUGAUACGGACCGGAAGAAACCGCGACAAUAGGUCUCAGGUAUAUCAUACACAUAGAAAUAGACACACACACACACACACACACACACACACACACACACACACACACACACACACACACACACACACACACACACACACACACACACACACACACACACACACACACACACACACACACACACACACACACACACACACACAGAAACUGAUAGUGUGUAAAGAAAUGUAACCCCGGCAGGUUUACAGGUCAUUGGUUUUAGGGAUCAUGGUGUCCAGCUCCUUGAUGCGGUCUUUAAUGUUGAAUCUCCUUCGUCUCUUGACUUUUCAAUAGAAAAGACAGAGAGAUAGACUCAACACCUUCGGGCAUUGAGCUGUGUACAGCUUCAGCCCACAAAUGUGCCUUUUUUAGCGGCCCAUAAAUACAAACAAAGCUAAAUAGAUUGAAUUUAAAGUCUCAGUAUUAAUGUAAAUACAAAUUAUUUCCACAAAUUAGAAUCGCUUUUGUGCGACCUAUGCUCUCUCUCAAUAAUGAUUUUAUUUUUAUAUUAUUCUUCCACAAGUACACUCCUAGUUGCUUCUUUGUCUUUUUGUAGUGUGUGGCGUGUAGCAAACGUUCCCUUGGUAGUGGGUAGACGGAGUCAUAGUGUCAUGUCAGUGUCAGCCCCCAGAAUGCAUCAGUACUGGAAUAGUGCUCACUGUUAAAGCAAGAGAGCAGCAAUACAAAAUGAAAGCAUGCACACACUCCCAUACACACACACAGCAGUGUGCCUUGAGGCUGUGUUAAAUUCGGAACAUGUGACAUGUCUCCCGUGCCUGUGUCUGUAUCCGUCUCGCUCUCUCUCCGGAUGUUCACGUGCACAGAGCCGCCCUCUCGGGGGAUGCACAGGAGCGGCUCAGGGACAAUGCGUUGUCAUUGGCUCGCUGACGCCUUGUUCUGUUGGGAUCUGCCGUGUGGGUGUGGAACAUGGUCAGCCUGAGCUGGAGCUCCUCUGUGUGGAAGCAGCCAGAAGCAGGCUUUUUGAUUUGAUAGUAGCUUUUAAUGAUCAGUUCAGACGAAAAGAAAAGGAAGGAAAUAUAUUGAUGAUUUUGUUUUUAUUAUUAUUAUAUUAUUAUUAAAGUAAGCUUUUAAAGUGUUGUGUAUUAUUAUAGUUCUUGUUUUUUUCUCUCUCUCUCCCCAAAGCACUGGAAGCUAUAUUGUAUUUGGUUGUACAUGAAUUAUGAUAUAAGAUUUAUGUCAGGUAUUUUAUGCCACAAUGCCACUUAAUGUAUUGUGUUUUUAUUUUGUUUUAUUCCAGAAAUGCCUCUCAGCCAUUAUGAAUUUCUUGCCAUGAAUUGAUUAAUGCCGGUAACUAGAUUAUUUAUGGAUAUUGGCAAGAAUGGAUAAUUUCCGGUAACCAGAUUACAUUUUUGUCAAUCCCACCAUCAGACACAACUUGAGAAGUGACAGAUCUGUACUGCAUGCUCUCUGUUCAAAGAAUGUGCACAUUUAUAAUGUCCUUUUUAUAUCGACUUUAUUAUUAUUUAUCUCCAAAAAUUGUAACCCUUAAGAAGUAGAUCAGGAAUGAUCCCCUGAUUGGAUAGAAAUCAUCUCACUAUGUGGCGUCACCACUUGUCUGAACGAAGCGGGUCAUCUUUUUUAUCCCCCAUCAUGCCCUAUUCCUGACUUUAGUUUCCCAGGAGACAGGCAGUCUUGACUGCCUUCAAAUUAACUUGAAACAAGAAGUUUGAGAUGACACAGCUUCAACCGUCUUUCCCCCGUUCUAUCCAUCUAUCUCUGGCUACUGAUAUCACUCUUUCUUUCUCUAUCUCUCUCUCUGACACUCCCGCCUUAUUGGACGUGCCUUUCUGUCUGUCAGCCACACUCCUGACUGUUGCUGUUGUGUCAGCCAACCCUCCACAGAUCCCUCCAGUCUUUCCACUUCUCCCGCAUCGCAAUGUAAAGAAACUGCCAAUCUUGUUUUACAGUAUGUGUAUAUAAAACAUUUUACUAGAAUCUA